AUGAAAGCUCAUAAAAAGUAAGAAGUAUAGAAAUUUUUAGUAGUGGAUAAAGACAAAUAAAUGAAUCACAUUAUGAUUUCUAGUGUGUUGCAAGAUUCUUCAUUUGGAAAAAUUUUAAUUUCUUCAAAAAAUAAUAAUUAAAAAUGGAAUGAUAAAUCAAAUGAUGGCAAAUAAAAAGAAAAAUCCAAUUAUACAGAAAGCUUAAUUGACAAUAAAAUUUAAGAGUAAGUACAGCAAAUUAAUCUUUUGAGAGAAUAAAACAAUAAAUCAGAAGAAGCGUAAAAAUAUAUUUCCAAAAUCAUGAAAAAAGUUCGAUAGAGAGUUUUAGUGAAGGAUUUUGAACCCUCAUUUAAAUUCGCUCUCGCUAUAAUACUAGGGAUCUUCUUUUUAUUCAUCAAGCCAGCUUAUUCUUUUAGAUAAUGGUCGAGGGAAUAAUAGCCAAUAAUUGAAACAGUUGAAUUAAACUAUAUUUUCUUUAGUAUUAUUAUGAUUGGCCUACUUUCUUUCACAAAAUAAAUCUUGAAGUAGAUAUUCUAUUAAUGGGUGGUGAAAAAUUUGAAUAAUAAAUAUAAGGGUAUUUUAAGGAAUCAUAGAGCUAAUAAAAUUAUACUUUGGAUAUAUGAAACAAUUUACUAUUUUCACAUGACUUUAUUUGGACUAAUAACGUUUAAUUAAGCAACAUGGAUGCCAUACGAGCUUGGUGGCAAAGGAUGCUGCAACAAUCUUUUAAAGUCAUUUCCAAAUAUAAACUAAGAAGACCCACAAAUAAUAAAUUAAAUGAUAUAUUUCAAUCUGAUUUAGUUGGCAUUUCAUGUUAAUGCACUAAUUGAUCUAUUUUUUGGAGCAAGAAAAUAAGAUGAAUACAAAAAAUAUGAAACAGGCCUAAACCACUUCAUGUUCUUAGCAAUAAUUAUUUAUUCAAUUUUUUUCAAUCUUUUGAAUAUGUCGACUGCUUUUUUCAUCUUACACAAUUUCGGUGAUAUAAUUGUUGCAGGUGGAAGAGCAUAUGCAGAUUUAGAAUAAAAACAAAAAAAGAUUAUUUAUUUACUUAUUACAUUUGGAGUCAGUAUUUGGAUUUUUACAAGAUUUUUCAUAGUGCCAAAAUGCAUCAUUUUCUAAUUUUUUACAAUUAUUGAUCUAGCAUAAAGUUUCUGGAGCAUCUUUAAGUAUGCUUACAUAUACUUAUUGAUAUUAUUUUUAUUCACACUUUUCAUGGAAAUUUACUGGACUCUUUUUCUUGUGCAGGUAAGCGUUUCAUAUAUACUCAAUCCUACUUACAAAAACAUCUAUGACAAUAGAGAUUUCAAAAAGCUAUAUUAAUGCAUUAAAAAUAGAAAUUCAUUAAGAUUUCAUUGA